AGAGGCUCAUAAAGAGCCCAACCAAUCAGCGAUUAGUUAGAAGCUAUGCUACUAAAAUAAUGAGGUCCUGAUUGGCUGUUAAACAAACUGCUACUAUGGAAUCUGAAGGUCUUUUAAUUAUUAUAAAACCCCUGUUUUUUCUGUACAUAAUGAACCUUGUAGUAAAGUGAUUUCUCCGUUACUCGUGUCUUCUUACUGGUCUUUCAAGUCGCUGAGUAGUGCUAGCCUGGGGUUAUCCGAAUAGCUAGGAUCCGAAUAUAGCGGCCAACCUACAAGACAUAACAGUAGCGACGUGGAUUUCGGCAAAAAAAACAAUUGUUGUCGGGGUUUUUGGUACACAAAAAAAUACAACAAUUGUCGUCGGUGAUUCUGGCAAAAAGAAAUACAGCAACCGAGACGUGAUUUGGGAAUCAAACAAGCUGUAAUAAUUGCCGGUGAAUCUUCGGAGUUAUUAUUAUUAUCAGCAGAAAAAAAUGACGAUUUCUUUAGAACAGGCGCUGAUAAUCUUAGAGCACCGGCAACAACAGAUGCUAGCCUCCCAGCAGCAACUUUUUGAAACAGUCUUGGACAAGUUUUUCAAUAAUGGUGCUAAAAUGGCCGUCUCAGAAGAACGCCCAGUUGAGGGUUCAUUUCCCUUCACAUCUGAUGGAAAAGGCAAAAUGGGUAAGUUGGCCGGUUCAGAACAAGACAAUAUCUUGCUAAAUGCACAUGAAACUGUGACAGUAUCAGAUGUCAAAGAAAAACAAGGUUCCGUAGUCAAAGCCCUGAGCCCAGAGUCUAAUGAAGCACCACUCAAUCCGAAGAUUUCUGAAGACAAACUUCAGUCAGAAUUAAACUACGGGUUACAUGAUAUCGGCCAAGAAAGCUGGAAUGGUGCACAUGAUUUUGAUGAAAAUUCUUAUGAAGAUGAGGAAACUAAGUCGGUUGAAUCAAAUGCUGAUCAAAAACCUAAGGCAAUUUCAUUAGAUGAUGAUUCCCCUAGCUAUCAAAUAUCCUCCAGUGAAAAUCUUAAUGAAUUUGAUGGAGAUGUUUCAGAAAAGCCAAAUUCCGAUGACCUGAAAUCAAAUAUCGUUCAUCAUCAUCUAUUCAUUUCUAGUGGAUUCUGCAUUCAAUACGAGAAAGGUGUUCUAAAUAAAGUCAUAUUAAUUGUAAAUUGGAGAUAUGAAGAUCCAACAUUAUUUCGUGGGGGAGGAAAUGUUGGAGAAUUUCAACUUACAGAUAAUUUUUUAAAAAUCAGAAUCUAAUCUUCGAAUCUUCAAAAAAAGGGGAGGUGUUAGGUCGGCUUACAAUAAACUCUAUCAAAGCCUUCAGAGAGGCUCAUAAAGAGCCCAACCAAUCAGCGAUUAGUUAGAAGCUAUGCUACUAAAAUAAUGAGGUCCUGAUUGGCUGUUAAACAAACUGCUACUAUGGAAUCUGAAGGUCUUUUAAUUAUUAUAAAACCCCUGUUUUUUCUGUACAUAAUGAACCUUGUAGUAAAGUGAUUUCUCCGUUACUCGUGUCUUCUUACUGGUCUUUCAAGUCGCUGAGUAGUGCUAGCCUGGGGUUUCAACCUGCGAGACAUAACA